CAGGGCGGCGAGUGCAGGAAUGCACGCCACCCGCCGCAGCCCCGCCCCGAGCAUCCCGCGCCGACCCGGCUGCGCCAGCGGAGCUGCAGGGCGAGCGUCAUGGCCGCUUCGAGACAACCCCAGGUCGGGGAGCUGCUGGCCGAGGCCCGGAGGGCCUUCCGGGAGGAGUUCGGGGCCGAGCCGGAGCUGGCGGUGUCAGCGCCGGGCCGCGUCAACCUCAUCGGGGAGCACACGGACUACAACCAGGGCCUGGUGCUGCCCAUGGCUCUGGAGCUGGUGACUGUGCUAGUGGGCAGCCCCCGGGCAGAUGGCCUUGUUUCCCUCCUCACCACCUCUGAGGACGCUGACGAGCCCCGGCGGCUGCAGUUCCCAUUGCCCACAGCCCAGCGGUCACUGGAGCCCGGGACCCCCCGCUGGGCCAACUAUGUCAAGGGUGUGAUUCAACACUACCCAGCUGCCCCCCUCCCUGGCUUCAGUGCAGUGGUGGUCAGCUCUGUGCCCUUGGGGGGUGGGCUGUCCAGUUCGGCAGCCCUGGAAGUGGCCACGUACACCUUCCUGCAGCAGCUCUGCCCAGACUCGGGGGCAGUAGCCGCCCGGGCCCAGGUAUGUCAGCGGGCUGAACACAGUUUCGCAGGGGUGCCCUGUGGCAUCAUGGACCAGCUCAUCGCACUGCUGGCGCAGAAGGACUGUGCACUACUCAUUGACUGCAGGUCCCUAGAGACAAGCUUGGUGCCACUGUCGGACCCCAAGCUGGCUGUCCUAAUCACCAACUCCAACGUCCGCCACUCACUGGGCUCCAGCGAGUACCCCCUACGGCGACGCCAGUGCGAAGAAGUGGCCCGGGCGCUGGGCAAGGAGAGCCUUCGGGAGGUGCAGCUGGAAGAGCUGGAGGCUGGCAGAGAGCUAGUGAGCAAGGAGGGUUUCAGGCGGGCACGGCACGUCGUAGGAGAGAUCCGGCGCACGGCCCAGGCAGCGGCUGCCCUGAGCCGGGGUGACUACAGAGCCUUUGGCCGCCUCAUGGUGGAGAGUCACCACUCGCUCAGGGAUGACUACGAAGUGAGCUGCCCUGAGCUGGACCAGCUGGUGGAGGCUGCGCUAUCUGCACCUGGGGUUUAUGGCAGCCGCAUGACGGGUGGCGGCUUUGGUGGCUGCACAGUGACCCUGCUGGAGGCCUCCACUGCUUCUCAAGCCAUGCAGCACAUACAGGCACAGUACAAUGGUACUGCCACCUUCUACCUCUCCCAGGCAGCUGACGGUGCCAAGGUGCUACACUUGUGAGGUGCUUCCCUCGGACGCACAUGGCAGGCACAGGGCCUGCCAGGCACCAAGUCAGGAAGCUCCACGCCUCGGGCGUCUGCCCUCCAUCUCUGGGUGUUCAAUAAACUUGUGCCUUGGAUCACU